AUGGAACAACAACAAGCGGUAGAUUUAUCCAAUCAACCCAUUCCAGAUGUUUACUUUACUAUGGAUGAUCUUGCACAACACAAGGGAGAAAAUGAAUUACCAAUUUGGAUCGGAUGUAAUGGAAUAAUUUUCCAAGUGAGCGAAGAAAAGAGAGAAAUGUACGCCCCUGGUGCGGGAUAUAGUAUCUUUGCUGGAACAGACGCCACACGAGCUCUUGCCAAAUCUAGCCUCAAUGCAGAAGAUCUUCAACCUUAUGGUAGUUUAGAAGGUCUCACUGAAAAAGAAUUGAAAACGCUCAAACAAUGGGAAGAUUUCUAUAAGAAGAGAUAUGUCAUUGUUGGAAAAAUCAAGCAUUAA